UUCUUACAGUGUACUUUAAUAUGAAAGCUGUGUUUCGUUUCGCAAAACAAAAAAAAUAACAGAAACAAAAAAUAAAAUAAAUAACACAACCCUACGAUUUUUUUUAAUAUAUAUAAUUUAAAAAGUUAACUCAUAGUGGGAUAAUAAAUCAAAUUAGCAGACUAGUUCCAUGAGUGAAUUGAUAGAAUUACACUUGCUGCCAGGUCAGAUGCUGCAGUAAAGAGCCCUUUUUACAAAUACAGUAGCGGGGAGACUGCAAAAUUACUUUUGUCGGCAAGAAGAUAGUUCUUAUAGGUUUAAGACGAAAGGGAAAAGAAAAGCGAAUGCAGUGAAUGGGUACGGGACUUCUGUGCAGGCAACUCUAUUGUCUGCGGUCUAUACAGCACAGCUCCUGACAUUGAAGAUGAAAACGGUGCUCACAUGGAUAAUCCAGGACAAUCCUCCAAUGUAGCUCAGCUGCUUUGGAACUACAUUAAGUUGUUUUGCUGAACCUUUUCUGCUGCUCAUAGCAAGGAAAUGAAUCCAGACACAGAAGGAAGCAGAACCCUUUAGCGAAAGUCCAAUCUAAAAAAGAAACUGGGCACGUGGACCAAGUUGAGGAAUAACAAAAAAGGAAAAUAAUAGAUGGACUUGUUAUGGUGCUAUACUGGAUUAAAGGAAUGUGUUUAGCCCCCCGGUAGCCUCCCUCCCCCAAGUCAGAACUUCUCUACAUUAUGGAAAUUUUGUGUAAGAUGUUGACUUGGAUGUUGAGCCUAGUCAUGGCUGCUUCUGAAUUUCAUAGCGACAACAGACAUUCACACAGUUCCCAAGAGGAGUUCCUUUCUUACCUUGAGCACUACCAGCUGACAGUCCCGGUGAGAGUGGACCAGAACGGGGACUUGAUGAGUUAUACUGUGAAACACAGCAGACACUUACGGCGAAGGAGGAGUGUGGACCCCAUCGACCAGGACCUUGCAGAAUCCAGGCUGUUUUAUAAACUCUCUGCAUACGGAAGGCACUUUCAUUUAAACCUGACACUGAACACUCAUUUAGUGUCCAAACAUUUUAUUGUAGAAUAUUGGGCUAGAGAUGGACCAGAGUGGAGACACGAUUUCAUGGAUAAUUGUCAUUACAUUGGAUACCUACAAGAUCAACAGAGCACAACAGCAGUGGCUUUGAGUAACUGUAAUGGUUUGCAUGGUGUUAUUACAACAGAAGAAGAACGGUAUUUUAUUGAGCCAUUAAAGAAUAUAUCUUCCGGAAAUUCCAGUGAUUUAAACUUUGAAGAAGGACAACCCCAUGUUAUUUAUAAAAAAUCUUCUCUUCGGCAACAGCAACACAAUGGGGAUUCAAACUGUGGCAUUUCAGACCUCACAAGAAGCAAUAAACCUUGGUGGCAGAGCGAUCCGUCCGCUCCUUCAGCUUCCAUUCCAAUAAACAAUGCAUCAAGCAGCGUCCAUCGACAGAAGAGAUCAGUCAGCGCAGAACGCUUUGUGGAAACCUUGGUGGUAGCUGACAAAAUGAUGGUGGGAUACCAUGGCCGCAAGGACAUUGAGCAUUAUAUUUUAUCAGUAAUGAACAUUGUUGCCAAACUUUAUCGUGAUUCCAGUCUAGGAAACGUUGUGAACAUUAUAGUGACCCGCUUGAUUGUUCUAACGGAAGACCAGCCAAAUCUGGAGAUAAACCACCAUGCAGACAAAUCCCUGGACAGUUUCUGCAAGUGGCAGAAAUCCAUCCUAUCCCACCAGAGCGACGGAAACACCAUUCCGGAAAAUGGGAUCGCACAUCAUGACAAUGCCGUUCUAAUCACUAGAUAUGACAUCUGCACUUACAAAAACAAACCAUGUGGGACUCUGGGCUUGGCCUCUGUGGCUGGAAUGUGUGAGCCUGAAAGAAGCUGCAGCAUUAAUGAAGACAUUGGGCUGGGUUCAGCUUUCACCAUUGCACACGAGAUCGGCCACAAUUUCGGCAUGAACCACGAUGGAAUUGGAAACUCAUGUGGGACCAAAGGUCACGAAGCAGCAAAGCUCAUGGCGGCUCACAUUACAGCCAACACCAACCCCUUCUCCUGGUCAGCGUGCAGCAAGGACUACAUCACCAGCUUCCUCGACUCAGGUCGUGGGACAUGUCUGGACAAUGAACCCCCAAAAAGAGAGUUCCUGUACCCCACCGUGGCUCCAGGUCAGGUGUAUGAUGCUGACGAGCAAUGUCGCUUUCAGUACGGUACAACAUCCCGUCAGUGUAAAUAUGGGGAAGUGUGUAGAGAGCUCUGGUGUCUUAGCAAAAGUAACCGCUGUGUCACCAACAGCAUCCCGGCUGCCGAGGGGACCUUGUGUCAAACUGGAAGCAUAGAGAAAGGGUGGUGCUAUCAGGGAGAAUGUGUUUCUUUUGGCACUUGGCCUCAGAGUUUGGACGGUGGCUGGGGACCGUGGUCAAUCUGGGGCGAGUGCAGCCGGACUUGUGGGGGAGGUGUCUCCUCCUCUGUCAGACACUGUGACAGCCCAGCGCCUUCUGGUGGAGGAAAGUACUGUCUUGGGGAAAGGAAACGUUACCGCUCCUGUAAUACCGAUGCCUGUGCAGUGGGCGCCCGUGAUUUUCGGGAAAAGCAGUGUGCAGACUUUGACAACCUGCCAUUUCGGGGGAAGUAUUACAACUGGAAGCCAUACACUGGAGGUGGAGUCAAACCCUGCGCAUUGAACUGCUUAGCUGAAGGGUAUAAUUUCUAUACAGAACGUGCCCCUGCCGUCAUUGAUGGGACACGCUGCCAUGCUGACUCAUUGGACAUCUGCAUUAACGGAGAGUGCAAGCACGUGGGCUGUGAUAACACCCUGGGCUCGGAUGCGAAGGAAGACCGGUGUCGCAUUUGUGGGGGCGAUGGCAGCACUUGUGAAGCAAUCGAAGGCCUCUUUAAUGACUCUCUUCCUAGGGGAGGUUACAUGGAGGUUAUUCAGAUUCCGAGAGGCUCAGUGCACAUUGAAAUUAAAGAACUGGCCAUGUCAAAAAACUACAUUGCCUUAAAAUCUGAAGACGAUAACUAUUACAUCAACGGUGCCUGGACUAUUGACUGGCCUCGUAAAUUUGAUGUGGCUGGAACAGCCUUUCAUUACAAGAGGCCUGCUGAUGAGCCUGAGUCUUUGGAAGCUCUGGGUGGAACCACAGAAAUCCUUGUUGUUAUGGUUCUCCUUCAGGAACAGAAUCUGGGCAUCAAGUACAAGUUUAACGUUCCAAUUACUCGCAUUGGCAGUGGGGACAAUGAAGUUGGUUUUGCAUGGUAUCACCUGCCUUGGUCAGAGUGUUCUGCCACAUGUGCAGGAGGUUCCCAGAAACAAGAGGUAGUGUGUAAAAGGCUUGACGAUAACUCCGUUGUGCAGAAUAGUUACUGUGACCCAGAGAGCAAACCACCAGAGAACCAGCGUGCCUGUAAUACUGAGCCAUGUCCGCCUGAGUGGUUUAUCGGGGACUGGUCAGAGUGCAGUAAGACCUGCGACGGGGGAAUGCGCUCUCGGACCGUGCUGUGCAUCAGAAAGAUCGGACCCGCGGAAGAGGAGAGCCUGGACGACAGCAACUGCCUGACACACCGACCAAUCGAGAAAGAGCCCUGCAACAACCAGUCGUGCCCACCUCAGUGGGUGGCUCUGGAUUGGUCAGAGUGUACACCGAAGUGUGGUCCAGGCUUUAAACACCGCAUCGUCCUGUGCAAGAGCAGCGACCUGACUAAGACCUUCCCGCCCUCCCACUGUCCUGAUGUGAGCAAGCCGCCUGUGAGAAUCCGCUGCAGUCUGGGCCGGUGCCCGCCUCCUCGCUGGAUCACCGGGGAAUGGGGACAGUGCUCUGCUCAGUGUGGUUUGGGACAACAGAUGCGGACGGUGCAGUGUCUCUCGUAUACCGGCCAGCUAUCCAGUGACUGUCCAGACAGUCUUCGGCCGACGACCAUGCAGCAGUGCGACAGCAAAUGUGACGCCACUCCCAUCCUCAGCACAGAAGAAUGCAAAGACGUGAACAAAGUGGCUUACUGCCCACUGGUGUUGAAGUUCAAGUUUUGCAGCCGAGCGUACUUUAGGCAGAUGUGUUGCAAGACCUGCCAAGGACACUGACCCACAGAUAGCGGGUGAGAGAGAGCGAGAGAGAGAGAGAGACAGAGAGAGAGAGAGAGAGAGAGAGAGAGAGAGAGAGAGAGAGAAAGAGAGAGAGAAAGAAAGGAAGAGUGAAAGCUUUGUUAUUCUACCACGGAAACAAUGCCCAUCAAUUCUAGGAGCCACGCCGAGAAAUGGAAUGGAUCUCCUCACACUCUUUUACCCUGUGGAAAACAUAACCACUGGUCAGCCCAUGCUGACAGGAUUUCUAUUUUAUUUUAACUUCUGUGAAGUCAGAAUUUAGAGCUCUUUUUUUUUUUUUUUUUUUGUUAAAUCCAAAAGUGCUGGACACAUCACACGGAGAGGAUACACCCAACUGGAGCAAUCAACAUAACAAAAUACAAACACCUGGUGACUGGAGGAGACCCUGUGUUACAGUCCUGAAAAAAUAGUUCAGGUUCCAUCCUGGGUUUUUCAUUGUAGAAAA